AAUAGCGAUAUGAGGAGGAAGUUAAAGUUGGACUUGUUUUGGUUAGCCACUGAGACGGACUUUUUGUUAACAAUGCGACUGUUAAGUAAAAUUUUAGUGCUUAAUACAUAUUAGUAUUUCAUAUUUAUAGCAAUGGGGUCACUGAAGUUCAACGCUGGCCAAGAAAAUUCAGCGACGGCGGCCACAGUUGCAGAGGCCAAGUUGGUGUGCCUGGGGUUAAACAACCAGAGCUACAUCUGUGAGUCGGGUCACUGCUGUGGAGAGACACAGUGCUGCAGCUACUACUAUGAACUGUGGUGGUUCUGGUUGGUGUGGAGUCUGAUCGUUAUCCUGACGUGCUGCUGCGUUUGUCAUCACUGGCGCUCCAAGCAGCGCUUCCAGCAGCAGCGCCGGCAGAACGAGAUCAACCUCAUCGCGUACAGAGAGGCGCACAACAACUCUCAGCUCCCCCUCUAUCUCAGAUUCUUGCCCACAUACCUGCUGCCGGCCUAUGAAGAGGUGGUUGGCCGUCCAGUCACGCCUCCUCCUCCUUACACCCCUCUCCAGUCAGCACCUCCACCCACGGAGCCCCCUGAGGAAUCUCCUCGCCCCCCCUCGGCGGUCUCCGUCCGCAGUGGCGCUGAUGCAGCGCUCGCUGCUACUCCCGAGGUCACGCAGCAGACCCACCUUCACAGCGCUUACAACCCCAACAAGGACUCGACACCGGGCAGGUACCGGCGCUUCACAGGGGAUUCUGGGAUUGAAGUGUGUGAUGGCCAGGAACUGUGGGAUCAGCACAGCCUUUUAGAAAGAGGAGAUGAGACGGACGAAGAGGGCUCGAUGCAAACGGAGGACCCACGUGAUGCCUCGGGUCCCGAGACCUUUGAACACAGCCAUGUUAGUGGUGCAGUCAUGGAUGAAACCCCAGAGGGACACACAGCUGUGGACACAGAGCCACAGUCUCUUAAUCCAAAAUAAUGUCUGUAACAGUCCCUCAUCAUACCUAACAUCACACCUUUGGUGCUCAGGGUGUAUAAAGUGUACGUUUGACUAACACCAGUGUGUGUGGCAGGCCUGGAGACAAAUUACAAGUUUGACUUAAUAUUUUAAUAAUUUUCA